AUGAAACUGUCUCAGAUCGCUCUAGUUUCCAUCUCCGCUGCUCCUGUCGCUCUUGCUGCCCCUGCAGGAGCCACCGUGACACAGCACGUCCACAGCCAGGCCACCGCAGUCGUCAAGGGUAGUCUCUACACCGAAAAUGGGUCUGUUUUCACUUCCUGGACCACCGAGCUCGAAGAGGCACCCUCUCCAAGCUCCAGUGCUACAUCCUCGGUCCAGACUCUAGCAUCAUCCUCUGUUGAGUCGUCUGCAGCCCCAUCGGACAACGUUAGAGUUUCGACCAUUGUCUACACCUCCAAGUUUGUCCCAACCCAGACUUCCAGCUACGUUGCUGCAUCAUCAUCGUCUUCCGCCUUCUCCUCUUCUUACUCCUCUUCAGCUGCGGAAGAUUCCUCCAGCGUUUAUGAGACCAGCUCGUCCUCUGAGAUCGUGUCCUCAUCAUCCAGUUCCUCGAGCUCUGCCGCGGCACCUGUUUCCACUUCUUCCUCUUCCUCUUCCUCUUCCUCUGCUGCUACCGCUACAGUUGCAGUGCAAAAGGCUGCUCAAAGCAUCGACCCAGUCUCUACUAGCGCUGCUGUGACUUCGUCGUCUGCCGUUACCACUUUGAAGCCAUCCAGCACCUCUUCGUCUGCCACCGCUUCUCCUUCUUCUUCGUCUUCGUCCGAUUCGUCGUCGUCUGCUCCAUCCGGGUUCGCUUCCACCGUUUUGGACGCUCACAACUCGAAGAGAUCUUUGCACAAGGAUACCUCAAGCCUAUCUUGGUCCGAUGAGCUAGCUACUUACGCUCAAAACUAUGCCGACAAAUACGACUGCUCUGGAUCUUUGACUCAUUCCGGCGGUCCUUACGGUGAGAACUUGGCUUGCGGUUACUCUCCCGAGGGUUCUAUUGAAGCCUGGUACGACGAGAUUAAGUCCUACGACUUUUCCAACCCAGGCUAUUCCGAAUCUACUGGUCACUUCACCCAGGUGGUGUGGAAGUCUACUAGCCAAGUUGGUUGCGGUAUCAAGAAAUGUGGUGGAAGCGCUGGCGACUACGUCAUCUGCUCCUACAAAGACGCAGGUAACUUUAUCGGUGAGUUUGCUCAAAACGUUGAGCCUACCAAAUAA